AUGGGCGCCGGCCGGGCCGGGCCGGGGCCCGUGGCUCUGGUGGUCGCGCUCCUGGCGCUCGGGCGCCGGGCCGGGUCGGGCUGCGUGGAAGAGGGGCGCUGCUGCCCUGGGCGCGACCCGACCUGCGCCAGCACGGGCUGGCGCGCCGACCGAGCCUACGGCACCUGCUUCUGCGACGAGGCGUGCAGGCGGACCGGCGACUGUUGCUAUGACUACGCCCAGGCGUGCCCAGCUUCUCCAUGCAUAGUUGAGGAGUGGAGUCAGUGGAGUGGCUGUGCAGAACAGUGUAAACCUAACUUCCGUGUGCGUACACGUGUCAUACAGCAAGAACCAAAAAAUGGUGGGGAGCCGUGUCCUCCAUUGGAAGAAAAAGCUGGCUGCCUUGAGUAUAAUACUUAUGAAAGGAAGAAUUGUGGAGAUGAGUAUGUUCCUGCUUUCAUAACUACGUCUGAGUAUAAUAAGGAGAGAAAAGAGAGGGCCAGGAAUCCAAACUGGUCUUCAGAAGCAGAGGAUUCUAGGAGCUAUUGUGUGGAAUUUAGAACAGAAUCAUUGUCUCUCUCUUGCUCAAUGGAGAAUCGCCCAUAUGCUCGAUGGACGCAGUAUUUACGAGUAGGAUAUACUGUUUGUGUAACGUGCCAAGCUCCAGCAAUGAGUACUGGUAGCCAUCGCUGUUCUGGAGAUGGUAUUGAUGCUGAUGGGAAUAAAGUUCUUCAUUGGCAAGCAGUUGGCAAUCAUUUCUGCCAUGGAACAUGGAAGAAAGUUCAGCAAAUUGAAGAAUGUUCAUGUCCUCUUGUACAUAGUUUCAUUUUUACAUAGCACUUUGAACAUAUACUCUGCUAUGGACUUGUAAUACUUAGACAUUAUCUCAAAGUUAUUUGAUAAGUCAAAUUUCACACUCAAGUCUUCCCUGCAAUGAUUAAAGUUAUACUUAUUAUACCAACUUGUAAUGGGAUUCUCUGAAAAU